AGGUACAUUGUAAGGAAAAUUUGCGAUUUACGAUAUGGUUGAGAGGUUCCACCACCUUGGUCUCUUGGACACUCUAUUUUUUCUCCACUUGGGGUUUAGGGCGCGCAGGAUUUUAGGCUAGCAAGGAAUGGAGAGCGCGGGCGAGGCUGUGGUCUUUCCCUUGCUCAAGGAAUGGGUGGAUUACACCUACAGGCCGUGCACCAUCCCCUAUCGAUUCCCAUCGGAUCCGCCACACCAGCCCACCCCCACCGAGAUGCUCUGGAUCCAGCUCUUCCGCAGAUCGAUCCCUUCUUUCAGCAAGCGAGCGGAGAUGGACGAUUCGGUGCCCGACGCAGCUGCCAAGGCGCGUGUGUUUGCAUCGAGAUUCGGGAAGAUGCUAGACGAUCUAGAGGCCAAUCCGGAGAGUCACGGUGGACCUCCUGAUUGCAUUCUUCUUUGUAGGCUUCGAGAGGUAUGUCUCCGUGAAACUGGAUUCCGAGAUAUCUUCAAGAGUGUCAAAGACGACGAGAACGCUAAAGCCUUCGUUUUGUUUGAGGAAGUUGUAAAAGCCGCGGACGCCGUAGCUGACGAUGGUGGGCGAUUGGAACACCUUGUCAAAUGCUUGCUCGCAGGAAAUGUGUUUGAUCUCGGCUCCGCAGAGCUCGCAGAAAUGUACAAGAGCGAUGGCAUGUCUUUUGUCAAGAGUGUGGAGAAAUUACUGCCUCGUCCUUGGGUGAUUGACGAUCUAGACAAGUUUAAGCUUAUGUGGCUACGUCGAUCCUGGAAAAAGGCCGUCAUCUUUGUCGACAAUGCGGGGGCUGAUAUCAUUCUGGGAAUCAUCCCUUUGGCUCGAGAACUCCUUCGACGAGGUACACAGGUGGUCCUGGCUGCCAACGAGCUGCCUUCGAUCAACGACAUCACCUACGCGGAGCUGCUGCAAAUCAUGUCCAAGCUGAAAGGAGAAGACGGAAAGAUACAGGGAGUCGAUGCUAGCGGCCUCAUGGUUAUCAACACUGGGAACGACUUACCCGUGAUCGAUUUAUCAUCUGUGUCGCAAGAGCUAGCUUUCGCAGCCGCUGAUGCCGACCUUGUCAUUCUGGAGGGGAUGGGAAGAGCCAUUGAGACCAAUUUGUACGCGCAGUUUCGUUGCGACUCCCUCAAAGUAGGAAUGGUUAAGCAUCAGGAAGUGGCCGAGUUCUUGGGGGGGCGACUGUACGAUUGCGUCGUCCGGUUCACCGAGGUGAUUGCGUGAUAGCAAGAUUGCAAGUUGAAUCUAUAGGGGCGCAAGCUAUAGUACUUCCAAAAUGGGAUGAAAGGUAAGCUAUGGAAUAGCUCCAAGCUCGAGGUAUGUAGAAGCGAUUAUUUUCUUAAAAGAAAGAUGGAUACUUGCCAAACA